AUGGCAAAAUAUAUAGCCCAAAUAAUAGUUUUGGGUGCUCAAGUCGUAGGAAGAGCGUUUGCACGAGCUUUGAAGCAAGAAAUUGCUGCGUCACAAGAAGCUGCUAAGCGUGCUGGUGGAGGACCACAAGGCGCAAGACGAGCAGCUGCUAACGCUUCUACGGGACUAACGUUAGAAGAAGCAAUGCAAAUUUUAAAUGUAGACAAAUUAGACCCCGAGAAGGUUAAGAAAAAUUAUGAGCAUUUAUUCAAUGUUAACGAUAAAUCCAAGGGAGGAUCUUUCUAUUUACAAUCAAAAAUUGUCAGAGCAAAAGAAAGAAUAGAUGUGGAACUGAAACCAAAGGAGUCACAACCUGAGUCAAAUAAAUCUAAGGAUGCAUCAUGA